CAAAAUCCCUCGAAACCCACUGACACAGCCUCGAGAUCUCCAACUAUCCUGGGAAUUCCAACAUUAGAAUCAAGGCCAAGCCGUUUCUGCUGUGUUCGUGAGCAAGUCCUUUCGCACACAACGCGCCUGCUAGCUCUGAAUGCGCUGCGCUAACCAUUUACCAUACGUGCAGCCAAUCCGAAACAUUUUCGCCCAUGUUGAGGCCUCGGUAGUUACAAAACAUUAGUUGAGCUAGAUUCGCGAUUUACACGAACCGAUCACGAGCCCAACCAUUACUGCACGGAGCUGCGUAAGCGAUGACGUGGGAUGUGGACCCGCAAUGGGAGGCAGGGCUCGGCCUCGUCGGAACUCUCUCCGCCAUUGCUCUCUUCGUAUCGCCCAUUAAGACCUUCCAGCGGAUUAUCAGUAAAAGGAACACUGAAGACUUUCCGUCCUUCCCUUACGUCUCUACGUUUCUGAAUUGCUUCGUGUGGACAAUCUACGCCCUGCCGUUCGUCACGCCUAACCGCCUUCCGCCACUUAUCACUAACGUUAUCGGUGUUGUCUUCCAAGUGGUGUACCUUAUUUUAUUCGUGCGCUAUGCGAAGGAUAAAGCACAGAGCCAAGUGCGGCAGCAGCUCCUGGCCCUGUCUGCCUUUCUGCUGCUCUUCUCCUCUCUGCUCUUCACUGCCGUCCCUCCUGCCAGCCGCAGUGCUGUAGCCGGCAACUUCGCCACCCUCUUCACUGUGGUCAUGUUCGGGGCGCCUCUCUCCUCCCUGUCUGUGGUGCUCCGAACGCGCAGUGUGGAGUUCAUGCCUCUGCCUCUGUCCCUCAUGUCAUUCGUUUGUAGCACAUCAUGGCUGGCCUACGGGGUCUAUGUGCAAGACACUUAUGUGAUUGUCCCAAACGCCCUAGGUUCACUACUUGGCAUCAUUCAACUCUGCAUAUACUAUGCGGUUAGCCGUGAGGGAAGAAGGAAGUCUGAAGACAAUGCAUUGGAUGAGGAGAACAUACCAUUACAGGAGGUUAUGAUGGUAGAGGCAUCACGUGAUUGAGGCUAAAAUACAUUGCAAAGCUAUCAUAUAUAAAGCUGACCUUUUUAAAUUCAAUAGUUGAAGCCUGCAGUAGUGCAUUAGACCUCUCCACUAGGUGCGUUGUAUCGAAGAAAGCUAUCCUCCCAGCUACGAAUGACGUGGCAUGCGUGACACCCUCGUCACAUCAUCGCCGAAGCGAAUCCAGUUGCGGCCACAUGGCCAGCGGUAGACCUUUUCGGCAGGUGUUUUUCGCCAGCCAGCUUCGGUUGUUGCGACAGCAUCCCCCCAAUUGCGUUUGGUUUGGCUGGCUAGGUUCGGCAACAAUUUGCGGCACAUCUUGCAAGUGU